UGGUAAAACAGAAUCAGGCCCCUUUACUGAUCACACAAGCUGAGGACGACUGAGGGGCUGCAAGUAUUUACUGCACAGCCACAUCUUUGUGGCUUUUCCAGAUCUCUGAGGCGCUCCUGUUUUAUGGCACGGAAUCAGAUGACAAAUUCGAAGCAGGCUGCUUCAAUUUACUGAUACUGCUGGACUGAAUUUAACUUUUUACUCUGUUCAUUCUUUAACCUGGAUAGAGAAUGAAGAUUCUUCAUGUCGCUGUGUUUUGUUACUUCUCAGUAGUGUGGGUGAAGACCUCUCCAGUGCUGGAGGUAAGCAGCCAAGUUGGAGGAGAGGUCUCCAUCCACUGCUCUGUUGGCUGGAGCAGAGACAACGGCUCCAGACCCGACAACAUGUACUUCUGCAGAGGAGUCUGCUCCGUGGAAAACAUUCUCAUUCAGUCGGAGGGCAAGAGGUCAGCCGUCACCUGGCGGGGGAGAUACAGCAUGGAGGUCAACAGCGGAUAUGGGGUCUUUAAUGUGACCAUAAAGGAGCUGAAGAGGGCGGACGCUGGCCGAUACCGCUGCGGUGUGGAGAAUAGCUUUGAGGUGUUGCACCAGGAGGUCAAUCUAAUAGUACUAGAUGCUUCCACUGUUCCCCCUGGAUCUCCUGGAUCUCUGCCCAAUGGCAGCUUUCAAUCCACCGCUGAGCCGUCGCCCGCAGCGCUAACGCUGCCGACCACAGAGAAGACAAACAAGCAGGCCACCAUCAGCCUCACAGACACCACAGUGGUCAUCAUUAUCUCGGUGAGCCUGGCUCUUCUGGUUUGUGCACUCAUCCCUCUUGUAUUCUACGGACACUGGAGGAGUAGUGCGGGUCCGAGCAGACCUGAAGCAAACAAGGGUGAGGCCGAUUACUGUGAGGAAAAUGCAGACGGUGCCUCCACUCAGGGGAUGGUGAAGCUGCAGUCUUUACAGCCCGAUCCAGAGUCCGGUGCUCUUGAUGCCUCUCAGUAUGCUGCCGUCUAUCAGGCACUGGAUCCCAAAGCUGCUGACUGAGCCGGUUCAUUUUGUUUCUGAGCCGAUGUCUCGCCACACUUUUUCCUCUGUGUUUUAUCAAA